AUGUUUACGCCAGAAAGGUUAGACGCAGUAUUGAACUCGGACUUUAGCCUCGGAUGCCUACCGAAACGGACUCUGUUUCCUGACAACAACCAGGUGCCCUGUGAGGAUGAGGACUCGGGCCUAGGAAUGGAGGAGUUAGAGCGUCCAUUUGCCAGCAUUUCUCUGUCGCCUUCCAUCAACAUCCGACGACCUCUGAAAAGAAACGAGACAUCGACCGAAACUGACGAUGGAACCUUACAGAAACGUACAAAGUUUGCCACAAGCAGACGAACAUUCAAGAAGUCUCUCUCAUUUGUUGACAAGACUUUGGGAGAACAAGACAAGAUUAAAUCUGUUGUUGGGCGAAUGGUGGAAGACUCAAAUAUAAUUGGAGACGGAAGCCAGACAUGCAGCCUUCCCACAAUUCUUGGAAAACACCCGGAUCUAAAGAGCGUAACCAAUGAUACAGUUGUUGACGUUAUUUCCGGAAGGUAUCAACACACCAUCGGAAGUUACCUCAUUAUCGACUGUAGAUACCCGUAUGAGUAUGAAGGCGGUCACGUGCCGGGCGCCAUUAACGUUCAUCGACCGGACGGAAUUAAAGCCAUUCUAGACCAACAUCAGAGCAUGCGCAAUACAGCUGCAGAGAAGCGUCACAUUCUCAUCUUCUACUGCGAGUUCUCUUCAGAACGAGGUCCACGAAUGUGUCGUAACGUGAGAAAAGCUGACCGGAACCUUAACAAGGAAAACUACCCAUUUCUCAACUUCCCGGAAGUGUACAUCAUGCAUAAUGGAUUCAAGGCUUUCUACGAAGCACACACGGGCUUAUGUGAGCCCCAGGGGUACACACCAAUGCUUCACAAGGAAUUCUCCGACGACCUGCGUCAUUUCCGGUCGAAGUCCAAAUCUUGGAGUGGAGGAUACAAGAGACACAGUGUAGGACUACGUCUUCUCUGA